UAUUCCAAAAAAAAAUAAAGAUGCCAAAAUGGCUGAACAAAAGUUUGCUUUGUAAAAUUUUGUAGACGUGCAAUUUGCUAUUUGUACUGAAGAAGCAUUUGUAAACUCAUAUUUUAAAGAAUCGCUUAUCAUGUAAUAUUCUCUGUAAUUGCUUGUAAAUUCUCUUGGUAAUCAGUGAUUUAUACCUUCUACAAUGAGCGACAUUGCUGUCGGUAGAAGCGAUACGAAUGAAGUGUCCGAGAAGCCGGUUCCAGAAAAGGAGGAACUAAAAUUCCCGCCCUUCCCAGAUCCAAAAGAUGAUGACUUUGAUGAAGAUAUCCCGGAGGAGGAGAGGAACCACUAUAAAACACUUUACAAAGAUUUAAACACUAUCACAAGUACUAAAUUACAUUGUACUGCUUGUGAUCGGCAUCUGGGCUGCUCAGCACGGAACGACAGUCGCAUGCGUACCCAUCCAAUGCUCAGGACAUUAGUUUGUCAAACGUGUCACACAUUCUAUAACAGUGGAGAGUUUGAGAAGGGUGAUGAUGGCUCAGAACUAUACUGCCGAUGGUGUGGACAAGGAGGCCAGGUUUACUGUUGCGCAGAUUGCCCUCAUGUUUUCUGUGCGAAAUGUAUAAAAAGGAAUUUGGGUACUCCAAAAAUUAAGGAAAUAGAGCAGCUAGAUGAUUGGAAAUGUUUUAAAUGUAAUAAUAAAUGUUUGUGGGACUUGCGCGCGCUGUGCUGGGCUGUCAUCCGAUACUGCGACUUGAAAAACAAAAUAACAUACUCAAUUGAAGAUCCAGCGUUAAAAGAAGCAUGUCAAAUAAGCUGUGCACAAGAUUUUUCAGAAUGUUGUAAGAAUAAAACAAAAAGAAGGGAGAAACAGGAGAACAAGAAAAAAGAGGCUGAAACUUCUAAGAAAGUUGCUGCCAGUCUUGGUAAAUUACCACCCACAAUACAGGUGAAAAAGUUUGCUUCAAUUAAUAUGGAGGAAAUAAAGCCAGACAAGAAAGCCCAAAAACGACCAGCAAGUCCCAAAAACAAAAUAAUUGUAAAAAAUCCAAUAACAAUUCCUAAUAAAAUGCUGAAUAAUCAACUAAAUAUGCCUUCACUGCCGAAAAAAAUCAGAAUGUCCAAUUCUCCUGUAAUUAAUCCAAUAAGGUUUAACAAUGACAGAAAACUCUCGCAGAACUUCUCAUGUUACUCAAGGAUUCGACCCAAGGCCCCACAAAUGCCACUAAUGUAUAAUGGUUUCAAUAGUACUCCCACAUUUUCUGCUGAUAAUAUAAACUUAUCAUUGGAAAGUCUGACACAGGGUUUAGACAUGUCGGCGAUGGCUUCACUAUCGGCGCCGGCGUCUAUGCAAGACGAUGACGUUGUUUGCACUCCUGACUUCCCAUUGGAGCCGUUGUGUGAGGUGACUGAAGACAACGGUGACGAUGACGUGCAAUGCAUCACGCCCGGCCCCGUGGCCGCGCCCAAACCGGCCCCUAUAAUGCGCGGCGCACUGUCCGACCUCAACCCCGACAACAUCAUACAGAUGACUGACAACGACGUCACCGUCAACUCCAACACCGGCGGCCUCAAGUUCAGGGUGGAUCCGCAAACUCUCUCCUCCAACAAAAUGUAUCGUCUGCCUGACGGUCGUAUUUUUGCCAUCAACGCCAAUCCUAAUAUGCCAGGAGGUUAUUCCGCUACUAUAGUCGCGGUCACCGACAACAAUGUCAACAAAGGUCCCUCUAAAGGUACAACGUUCGCUGCGAAACUGAGCGCGGUUCCUGCGGUCACGACGCCUCCUCUUCUGAAAUUAGGAAAUCGCAACCAGCCAAAUCGCAACUCCAAACGCAGCACUCCCAAGUCUCCCAAAGUCAGCAAGGCUUCAGAUAAGGGCAGGUCAUGCGACUUGAACGUUCCCGUCGAAUGGUAUCGGUAUAAUCUCGUCGACGCCAUUGACGCUUUAGAGUAUUCACUGUCGAGGUUGCAUCAAUUGAAAAAGGACGCCACCACUAUGCAUUUACGGACGCGUUCAAUCAACGAAAUGCGUGUACUGCAUCGUUCGUUAGAACGCGCUAUGAGCACCUCGAUGACACGAUUUAAGGAAAUAAGAGACAAUUUGAACAAGGAGUAUAGACAAUAUGUUUUAAAGAAAACUAGCUCCACCACCACUAGUGUUAAUAAUAGUGACGAUGAUGACGUCGAAAUAUUACCGGAGGAUGAUAAUGACGACCCAAUUUAUAUAGAUGAAAAUUCUAUGGAAUCUAAUCAGAAUGACAACCAAGAAGUCGACUUAACAGUAGUGGGCAGCAGUGACUUCAAUGACAGCAGUGACAGAUCCAUUGAAAAAAUUGAUGCUUCCAAGGAUCCUCUAAGUAUGGAUCUAGAGGCCAAUUCUAAAGGUGCAUGCAAUGAAUCUGAUGUUUUAGAUAAAGAGAAAGAGAAUGGAGUUACAGAUAAUGAACAUUUAGAAGAAAACAAUCUGCAAUCUGAUUUCCAGAAAGACGAAGAUAAAAAUGUUUCAGAUGAAAACGAACCUUCUUCUAAUGAAAAUAUAGAUAGUCUAGCUCUAGACGACGGUGCACAAAAAGAGAGUAAUGAAAAAAAUGAAAUCUCAACAACAGAUAUGAAUGGUCAAAAUGAAAAACCUAAUGAUGUGCCCGAAUCUGAAAUUGUUGAUAAAUUAGAUGAAGAAAAUAUUUUAGAUGAAAAUUCAGGUAGUGAGAAAAAGACACUCGAAACGGAAAUGAGUGAAGAAAUGAUUGAAGAUUUGUUGAAAGACGAAAGUAUCGAUAGCGGUAAUGAUGCUGGCGUCAAUUGUGAUAAGGCUGCUGAAAAUCUUGAUGAUUCUAUGGGAAUUGGUGAUGAUGUUUUAGGUAUUGGUGAUAACGCUAUAGGAAUUGGUGAUGACGCUGUAGGAAUUGGUGAUGACGCUAUGGAAAUUGGCGAUGACGCUAUAGAAAAUGGUGAGGAAGCUGCUGGCAAUGGCGAUGACGCUGCUGGCAAUGGCCAUGACACUGCUGGCAAAGGCGAUGACGCUGCUGGCAAAAAUAAUGACGCUGCUGGCAAAAGCGAUGACGCUGCUGGCAAAGGCGAUGACAUUCAGAAUGUUCAUUCCUUAGAUGAAAACCAAGAUGUAAAUAAAGAAUCUGAAAAGGACUAGUAUAAUAAUGAUAGCAUUAGCUUAGUAAGUUUUUAUUGCACAUAAGGUGAACUCCUUUAGCUUAUAAGUUUAUAGAGUGGUUGAAUAUUACAUUUUAUUGUAACACUUAUGACCGAUAUUGUGGUAAAGGGAUAAUUCCGUUAGACGAAUAUAUUUCAAAUAAAAACUUUUAGUUGUGAUAUCGCUAUUAUGCUUUAUAGUUAAUGGUAAAAUUUUCAAUAAUCCUAUUAAUAUUGUUUGUUUAAUCCCCCAGUAAUCCAUAAUUUUAGGUAGGUAUGUAUACAUUGAAAAAACAGUGUAAAGUCUAGAUUUAAUUUAAUUUAAUAUAUAAACGUUCGGUCUCGUUUCUCUACAUUAUAAAAAUUUUAAUAACAAAGUACAAUUAUAUUUCAUAUAAAUAGAUUGAACUUUAAACAUUUAUGUUGCUACAUAUAUUUAAAAAAUAUAAGGAUUAAUAAAGGUUAUAAAUUUAUUACUAGAAACUUUUAUAAACCAAACAUUUAUUUUGUCAUUUAAUUUUUGUUUGUCUUUAGAUACAAAUACUUUUAUUUAGACAGGUACUGAUAAUGUUAUAAAGUUUCAAUUACAUUUGUAAUAGGAAAUGAUUAGUGUAUAUGUACUGACAUUGAACGCUAUUUUUUACUUAUUGUGUCUCAUUAAAUAAAACAUAAAUAUCUAAA